AUCUAGCAUCCACCACAGGUCUCCCAUGGCUGCUGCCAUACUGUAAUAGUUCUCUUCCUUUGAUACAGAACUCAGUUUGUGGGUCACACAUAAUGUUCCUUGGCUGUAAGGCCUGGUUUUCCCAAAGCGUGGAAAGCGACCUGAUCAACUUGUGGGAGUCUGAAGGUGGAGUCAUCACAACUCAUCAUCAUGCCAGUUAUCUUUUUAGCAGUGAUGCAUCUCACCGUGAUACCCAGAGAAUAUAUAACAGUCUGGACUAUGUUGAAAACAAAGCCACCGUUUUCCAUUCCAGCUUCCUGAAAUCAAGCACCAAGUCUAAAACCAAGAAUCUGGUGUCACUUGGGCAUUUCAUUCUCCCCCCACCCUCGCUUCACGAAGAAAUCAGAAGGCAAAUUGGCAACUUUAUAUGGGAGCAAGACAACACCCAAGAAGUAGAGCAGAAUGAUAAAACACCUUGCAGAGAUAACGAGAUUAACAGCAGGAGCAUUGAAUGUGUUACAAGGAAAGAGGUUUGGAAGUCUGGCAGUGAUCUCUCUGAUGAUGUGAUGUGCCACGCCCUUCACAAUUACCCUGUAAAUAACAUGUGCACAGGUUACAUUUCCAUUGACCAAAUGAAGAAAUUCUCAGGAGAGCUGCAUGAUUUCACCCCGGAUGCUUCAGAAUAUUUCGUUUUUUGCGUUCAAGAUGAAAGUAACAAUGUCUCAGGGAUUAAAAAUGUACUAAACAAAAAAUUGCUUAAUUAAUAGAUUGACGCUUUCUUUGUGUAAUGUUAGUGCUUUUGCGUGAAACAAAUAAAAGUUAAAUAAUUGUAUUAUGGUGAAA